CAGUGUAUAACGCGAAAAUAAAAAGAAAAAAUAAAUUCAUUGAAAAAGAGUUAGGGGAACAAUGUCAUCAAAGAGUCGCCAUGUUAUCAUAAAAAAUUAAUAAACAGCUGUCGUUACUUUAAAUGAACAAAAACUUCACAAUGCAUAUUAAAUGCAUCACUUCUCAGCAAAGAGCCAAAAAGAGGGAUAAAAAAAGAAAGAAAAGAAGAGGGAAAAAAAAAUAAUUAAUAAAGAAAUAUUGUUUACUACUAUUUGUUGUGUUUAAAAAAACAGUCUUGAUAUUUUCUCGUUGGAAUAAUGGAGUUAUUCGAGAGCCCAUACUAUCGAAUGAAUAAAAGGUCAUUACAAUUUUACGGUCAUUGGCCUUUUAAUUCAUUAAUUAAAAAUCGUUAUCAUCAAAUUAUCAUGUACACAAUUUUAUUGAGUAUAUUUACACCAAAGAUUAUUAAAAUUACAGAGGCAAUUAAUGACAAUGAUUUUGAAGAAAUCAUUGAGUGUUUACCAAUGAUUGUAACUCAUCUUUUGACUCAUACAAAAUUUAUUUGCUGGACAUUUACACGAAAUAAAUUAUUAAAUUUAGAUGAAAAAAUUAUUUAUUAUUAUGCAAAAAAAUUGGAAUGACAUUAAAUCAAAAGAGGAUAAAAAAUUACUCGUUGAAUUUGCUGAACGUGGAAAAUUAUCAAUGAGAAUUUAUGCUGCAGCGAUAUUUGGUGUUGUUGGAGUGUAUUUUUUAUCAGCUGUUGUACCAAAAUUUUUGGACAUUGUUAAACCAUUGAAUGAGUCAAGAAAUCAUGUGUUUUUAUAUGAAACUGAAUAUUUCGUGGAUCAGGAUAAAUAUUAUUAUCAAAUAUUAUUGCAUGGAUAUUUAACAGUGCCAAUAAGUGUAGGUGUUAUUAUUUUUUUUGAUAAUAUGUUGGCGUGUUAUGUAAGCCAUAUUUGUGGGUGUUUGGCAGUUGUCAGUGCAAAUUUAAAGAGACUUCAUAUUGACACCGAACCAUAUACCGAAAAAAAUAAUUUCGAAAAAAAUCAACGUCUCCAUAAACGAAUAAUAUACUGUGCUAAAAUUCACAAUAAUACACUCGAAUUUGUAAAAUUGGUAGAGUCAUCAGUUUCAACUGCGUUAAUUUUUGUGAUUGGUUUUAGUACAGUGAUCAUAACAGUCACUGGAAUUGUUUCUGUGAUGAAACUCAAUGAUCCAAAUGAAGCUGCUCGUUUCAUGGCAUUUGCCUUCGGUGGAAUUUCACAUUUAUAUUACAUAAGUUCCCAGGGAAAUUUACUCAUCCAAGAAAGUGAAGCUGUACACAAAGCUUCUUAUUUUUGUGAAUGGUACACACUGCCACCAACUUACCGGAAAUUAAUAAUUAUCAUCAUGAUGAGAAGUAAAAAACCAGCAAAAAUAACAGCUGGGAAAUUUUACACUCUUUGUAACGAAAGUUUCGGUGAUGGUUUAAAAAAAGCCAUGUCUCUUUUCACACUUUUAAAAUCGUCUCUCUAAAAAAGUCUAUCAAAAAUAUUCAGCAAUAUAAAUUUAUAUAUUUUUAUCAUUAAUAUUGUGCAGUA